AUGGCAAUUAAGUCCAGAUGUUGUAGCAACAGCAGAGCAUUGAGGUUUCUCAGUCAAUGUCUAGAGGAUACACUGAUAGACAUGUUUGCCCGACUCAGAAAACUUUUUUGGAGAACAAAUGUGGAUAGGAGAGAGACAAGAGAGAGGAGGAAGGAAGCUGGCCUUUCAUCUGAGAGUAAUGAAGGACAAAGGAGGUGGUCAUGGAGAAUGUGGAGGGCAGGCAGGCAGACAUCAUCCCCUGUAACUGUCCUAAGCAAGAAGCAGGCCAAGGAGGAAGAGGAGAGGCUGACCAGAGAGCUGCAUCUCGUUACCCAAGAGAGAAACAAGCUGAGAGAUCGCUUGAUCUAUGUCACAGAGGGAGCCAUGAACAAGAGGCCAUACUACACACCAAAUCCAUUAUAUGAAAAAUUAAAGUUAAAGGAGAAGGAGAUUAUGACAUUUCUACACACCUUAGAGAAGGAGAACAUUGAGGCCAAACAGACCUUCCAGGAUCUCAAGAAAGAGAUUAACUUCUAUCGCAACCUGCACAGCCGGCUCCUGAUGCAGAAGAACAUUAUGAAUAAGAGACUGGUUACACUGAAGCAGGAGAACAAGAAAGUACAUGCUGAUUGGACCAUCAUUCAGCAAUACCUGAUUGACUUGAACCUGAAUGUUAAAGAUGAACAGGACAAGACCAGCAUCCUCCAGGGCCAACAACAGCAGGAUGCAGAGAGUGUAGCAAUAGCUGAUAUUUCCACAGCCCAGGAAGAGGGCCUCCAGCAGAAUGAGUUGCCACUUCAGGAAGCCCCUGAUGAGCUCCAUCCUCAACAGCCACAAAAUUCCUUGGAUGAGUCUUCUACCACAUAA